AUCAGCUCAAGUCAAGCAGAAAGUCCUAAAGCCGGCUUUAUAAAUGAACACCAAAUCAACCUCCUUCUUCCUCCUCCUCCUCUCGCUUCUUCUUCUUCCUCUCGAAUCUGCUUUUCGCAGUCUAUUUCGUCAUCGUAAAUUCGGAAGCUUUCGUAUUUAAUUAAGCAAAUGGCUUCGUAUUACUCUGGUUUUUUGGGUUGUGAAGAGCCACACUUUUUGGAAUCGUGUUCUCUUUGCCGGAAACACCUUGGUCUUAACUCCGAUAUCUUCAUGUACAGAGGAGACAAGGCUUUUUGUAGCAACGAGUGUAGAGAAGAACAGAUUGAAUCUGAUGAAGCUAAGGAGAGAAAGUGGAAAAAAUCUUCAAGAUCUCUCCGGAAAAAUUCUUCUGAAACUAAAGAAUCCGCCGCCGGAAACACCGUACGGACAGGAACUCUCGUCGUGGCUUAGUAGAAGCUUCAGUUACAUAAUCAAGCAAAUAGUCUUUUUUUCUUCUAUAUAAAUACCUUUUUGUCUAAAAUCUAUAAACCCUCCUAAAACCACUUAUAUCUCCAAAGCCUCUAAAAGAUUUGCUCUGUUUCUAUUGAUCUUUCUAUGGAUCGGAGAUAACUAGUUUUCUAAUUCCGGUUGUCGGAAUCUGAGAAAUUGUAGAUCUGGUUUAUGUAAAUGAAUGUGGAGUUUUGGGGGCAGAGAGAAAGAAAGAUGCUAAUAAUUUUGGCUGUGUGAUGUGAUGGUUUUGUAAUCUGGGGUUGAAAUUUUGUUCGAUGUUCCAUAAUAAACAGAGCAUAACAACUAUGUUCUUAAUAAAUAUAAAUUCAAUUUCUGUAUCUGCGUGUGAUCGUAAUGGUGUCUUAGAAAUCGACAAAAUUUAUUCAAACUGGUGGUGUUAAGAUUUGUU